UACAUACGGAUAUUCACUGUUAGAGAGUAAUUGAAAUCUUUCAAAUUCAAAUAUAACCACUGUGUAAAAAAACAGCUAUAAAAAGUUUACACGUGUAUUUGUGCGUUGUCGGGUUUGGCAUGAGCCAUACUUAAUCGCCGUUGAUUGACAGUGUGCCAAUUUGAAAUCGAAAGUGCUGUUCGCAACCAUUGCCACAUUGCGCUUUAGCUAUAUUUAACGGUUACAUUGGUUAACGCAGCCGAAUAAAUUGAAAGAAUAUAUCUUUGGAAAUACAAAAAAUAACGGUAAACAUAGCACCUUUAAAGGGGAUUAAGUGUUUGGUUUGUUUAAAAAGAGAAAAAUUUUAAUGAGAUUCCAAACUACACAUGUAUCUACAAAUCUCCGACUCAAUUUUGGCUUCAAUUGGAAUGUUUUGAGUGCUUUGCUAAUAGCAUAAACAGUUAAAGUGAAUUUUACUGCCAAAAAAGGAAACAACAUAAAAGGAAACAAACGUAACAAUCAUUGUCGUUUGUUCUUUUAAAUUUAAAAUCAACAGUAAAUGUGUGCAUUUUAGUAGUGUUAAUAACAGUUAAUUGAAAGGAGCAAAAAAAGCAAAAGUGAUCGUUUCUUGAUUUUUCAGUGUCACGACACCAACGAAUUUAUUGUCCUCUUGGAAUGCUAUCAAAUUACAACAAACUGGUCUGAGKUCAUAAUUGUGGCGAUUUCAGCACUGCACUGAAUAUUUUCGUAAGUUCUACAAAAAAAAAAAAACUCAUAAUGUGGCACUGGCUGGAAAUUGCAUUGAUAUUUCUCAUCUUUCAAGAUUACACACAAAGUUUGCGGCUGGUCGAAGUGCGAAUACCAAAUUACGUGGUUAAGGGUUCAUCAGCACAACUGGAAUGCCUCUAUGAUUUGGACGGUGAGUCGCUGUACUCGGUGAAGUGGUACAAGGACGGCAACGAAUUCUAUCGAUACGUGCCACGAGACAUGCCACCAGCACAAACGUUUCUGCUGCCGGGUGUAGCAGUUGAGCUUCACAACUCCAGCGAUGCCAUAGUUACGCUGCACAAUGUCAACCUACAGUCGGCGGGUCGCUUCCGCUGCGAAGUUUCCGGUGAAGCGCCUUCUUUUCAGACAGUCACUGAACAUGGCGAUAUGGUUGUGGUCUCUCUACCUGAUCAGGGUCCACCGAAAAUUACUGGUGGCCGUCCACGUUACCAAGUCGGCGACUGGGUGCGCGUAAACUGUACAGUUGGCCGCUCAAAGCCAGCCGUUGAUCUGUCAUGGUUCGUUAAUGGUGAACCWGUUGAACCGCGUACUUUGAGAAAAUAUCCCUCAGUUAUAUCUGGACGUGARGGCUUGGAAACUUCCAUCUUAGGCUUGCAGUUUCGGGUUGAACAGCAUCAUUUUCGGAACAGCGAUAUGAAACUAAAGUGCGUUGCUUCGCUGUCCACCUUGUAUUGGCGCAGCAACGAAGAGUCCGUCGAGGGCGAUCGCCCGCAAAAAGCGCCCGUCUUAGAGUCGCGCGAAACUGUUUACGCCAGCAAUUCGCGCGCCGAUCCAGUGCAAGGUAUGUCACUCCGGGAAAUAUUUGUUACCAAAAUCUUAUCGUUUUUCAUUCAACCAAAUGCAGCCAGCAAAACGGACUCACAUCUAGUGGCGCAUGCGCCUAGUUUGUUGCUGUUGCUGUUGGUGGCGAYGGCCGUUGCCAGCGGCUGCCUCGAACAGUUGCACAUGUGGCAACAGUUGUUCACCAAACAGCCAACGCGGCGCCUGCACGACAAUUGUAUGCAACAGCAGCAGCAACAACAACAACAACAAAAACGAAAAGAUAUCGAACAUUGCGCGCAACAGCAAAAUGAACAAGUAACGACGCAGCAAGAGCGCCAUGCACAACAACAGCGAGAGACGGAGAAACAAAUAAUGCAAUGGCAACAGCAGCAGCAACAGCAUAUAAAACGAAUUGUUGCCGGUGAAAUCAAUCAGUUGAUGAGCAGAGAAUACCAAGCUAUAAUACCACUGUUCCAAUGCCAGCGGCAGCAACAGCAACAACAACACAGCCAACACUGGCUACAACAAACAGCGGAGAAUCAAGUGUGCCGACAGCAUUGGCAUGUUAAUGAGAACAAUGAAGGCGUGGCACGGAAAUGCAAAAGCAUGUACGAAUUGAAAUUUGUUAAUUUAUGUGCGGAAAUGCUGCCGGYAUUGACAGCAAUGACAACAACAUCCGCCGCGGCGACAUAUGCCWCUUUCGCCGCCGCUCAUUGGGACGCGGAUGCAGUGGAUACCGCCGAUGUUGUCACAGCUGUCGCCGCGGCAUUGCCAAUUAAACGAUUGCUGGCUGUGAGGUAACUGCGCUGCGCAGCGGUGAAAGAAGUCUAAGCGAAAAGAAAGGCUACUCUACCAUAACUGSACUGUCGCGUCGCAGUGCUGCAGGGUGACGAGCCAUGCAACUGAGCUAUUGGCCAAAUAAAAGAACAAGCGAAAGAAGGACAAAAAUGAAAAGUUUAAAUUUAAUUUCAACAAAUUCGAAGGACAGCAGUCGAAUGGAACUGCUGCCGCUGACGCUUUGGAUUUCAAAUUACAGUUACGGCAAAAAAUUGAAAACUUCCUUUGAAACCAAUUUGCGUAAAUAAAAUGCAGUAAAUGAAAAUUAAACAAAUUAAUUAUUUCAAGCAAAAUUUUUUCAAAAAUGUGAAAUUACCAUAAUUGAAAUUAUGUAAAACAUGGAGAAUGCAAAUCAAAACUGCACGCUUUUGAGUUGAUAGUUUAUGUGUACCGGCGUGUGUGRGUGAAUGUGUUAUAAGUGUUUGUGUGUGUAUGCAAGUGUGUAAGAUCAAUUCGAAAGCAGUUAGAAACAGCAAAAAUACUUAUAAGUAUGUAUAUGUGAAUAUAAAUGAAGAGCAACUACUGAAUUUUUAUCAAAUUUAUUUAAAAUGAAUGGAAAACAUUUAAACUAGUUGUAAUUCAAUUACCAUAAAGUUAGAAUUAGACUCAAUGUCUAGUCUAAAUGAACAAUGAACAUUUACAUACAUAACAUACAAAUUACUGUUAAAUGUAAUUAGCUAGCAAAAAAAUAAAAAUUAAACAAAAAUAGAAUUGUUAUAUUUGUUAAGAGGCGGUGAAGUGCAACGAGAUGUGGACGGAGCCCCUUACGGGAAUAUGCAAAUGCUUAUUCGAAAAUUAAAAAUUUAUUUGAGGUCGCGUUGACGACACAARGAAGAUAUCUCCGACCCUUGAGAGUAGUGUCGAAUUCGAUUUGACUGAAUUUAUUAAUAAUUUCCCUACCUUGACUUAUUUGGAGGAAGCGUGAAAAUCAGCGCGCAGCUAAUAUUUGCAACAAUCUUCUGAAAACAUAUUAAAUUUGUGUGUUUCCUAGUAUCAGCCAGUCCAAAAACUGAUUAUGAUUUAAUUACACAACAUACCAUAGUAGCUAUCGUAUAUUUUAUAGAAGGUUAGCCAAAUUCGCGAAAUUUCGUAUUACUAUUUAAAUUAUUUAGAGUCUCUAAAAAGGUAUUUUAAAUUUUUUUGGCAACAAAAUAGGUCCUAUACUUUCUGAGAUACUAUGUUUGCAUUCAGACGAACUUUUCCAAACACGUGAUUUCCUCCUUCUUCACCAAACUGUCUUGAAAUAUUCGUGCUGAGUUUUGAGUUUUAAAUUUUCUAAGUUACUUUAAUAGGUAAUCGUAUAUACGUAUAACUUUUGCUAUUAAUUGUGAACUAUGACAUAGAAGAAAAAUACUAAAAACACAGCAACUUUAAUUUCCUUCCAUAAAUUGCACUUCAUACAUAUCUCUAGCCUUUUCACCAAUUUUGAUUGUAAUAGUGGAAAAAUUUCGUUUGUUAACCGUAAGGAUCCAUCUUAUGUGUGUUAAUUAUCUCAAAUAUUUAGAGGCAGGCCUUAGCUGGCUUUUAAAGACCGUAUAAAUAUAAGCGAAUAAAGGCAAACAAAAGAAGAAUAUAUGAAAUUAAUUGAAAGAUUUUUUAGUUAUCUCUUCAUUCUAAAUAAUUUUGUCUACAAUACCUUCUAUGAAUGAUUCUGUAUAUUUUUAUACUAAACUUAGCAGCAACAUAGACAUGAAAAUUUCUAAAAGUCUGUAUGGCAAUCGGUAUAUUUGCUACUCAAGGACGAUGACAUUUCAGUUGCACUUCGUCAAAUUCUUUUGAAAUUUAAAAAACGACAUUUUUGUAAAUAUAUACACACUUAUAACUACAUAUAUAUUAUAUUAUAUAUGACAGUAUAUAAUUUUAMAUAGAAAAGCAUAUACUUAGUAUAUGUGUACCACAUAUGUAUAGCUAAUAAGAAGAAAUUGAUUACAAUUUAGUACUAGCGUUAAAAAUCAAAAUCAAACUCCAUUACUGUUGACUAAUGAAAGAAAGUCUUAAACUUCAACACAAACAUAUCGAACAUUUUAUGAAUUGCCAAAGUUUUUACUAAUAUAAAUAUGCUGAUAGUGAGUAUAAUUACGAUAAUGAUGUUGAGUAGUAUAACAAACAUUUUUUGCCACGUAACAAUGUAGUGAAUAAUAUAAAUAUUUUUGGAUAAAGAGUUUAGUUUUCAAAUUUUCUUAUGUGUUUGUGAAGUAAUGAUUAAAGAUUGAACUUGGUUGGUGCAAUGUGUAUACUAUGCAAUUAUUUGAGUCGAGUAAGAAAGUACUUUCAUAAUUUAAUAGGGAAGUUUUCUUUACAACAAUAAAACAUUCCAGGACAUUUGCCAAAUCAACAGUGAUAAGUAAUAUUACA